AGUUAACUUCACCUUAAGUGUUCGCCAUAAUUCUGUGACUAUUUAUGUUUAUAGAGAAGCUUAUUACACCAACGACCAUGCCAUUGCCACUCAACCUAACCACCAUCAAAACCUCAUCAGAUGGAGUCUGGCAAGGCGAUAAUCCUCUGAACUAUGCCUUUCCAUUAUUAAUACUUCAAACAAUUAUAGUCCUCUUUAUCACCCGCUUCCUCGCCUUCCUUCUCAAGCCCCUUCGACAACCUAGAGUGGUUGCUGAAAUAAUUGGUGGAAUUUUGCUUGGACCAUCUGCUCUUGGCCGGAGUGAAGUCUUCUUCCACUUGGUGUUCCCUUCAUGGAGCACUCCUAUACUAGAAUCUGUGGCUAGUUUUGGUCUUCUCUUCUUUCUUUUUCUUGUAGGUCUUGAACUUGACUUGAGCUCAAUACGCCAAACAGGAAGAACAGCUUUCGGCAUAGCACUUGCUGGGAUCUCCCUUCCUUUCCUAUUUGCCGUCGGCGUAUCCUUUCUUCUUCGGAAAGCUGUUCAUGGUAUGGACAAGGUUGGUUACGGCCAGUACCUCAUGUUCAUGGGAAUUUCACUCUCCAUUACUGCUUUUCCUGUUCUUGCUCGCAUUCUAGCUGAACUUAAAUUGCUAACAACACAAAUGGGCCAAACAGCUAUGGCAGCCGCAGCAUUCAAUGAUGUGGUUGCAUGGAUCUUGUUAGCUCUAGCAGUAGCACUUGCCGGAAACGGCUCCGGUGGGGAUCACACAAGCUCCAGUCCAUUAAUAUCUGUAUGGGUCCUCAUGUCUGGAGUUGCUUUCGUUGCUUUCAUGCUAAUAUUUGUUAGACCAAUGAUGAACUGGGUUGCCAGGCAAUGCUCACGGCAACAAGAUGUGGUGGAGGAAGCAUACAUAUGUUUAACCUUAGCAGGAGUAAUGUUGGCCGGAUUUAUGACUGACCUUAUAGGGAUCCAUUCAAUCUUUGGUGCAUUUGUGUUUGGUUUAACCAUUCCUAAAAGAGGAGAAUUUGCAGGAAGGUUAAUAAAAAGGAUAGAAGAUUUUGUUUCUGGUUUGCUUCUUCCACUUUACUUCGCUUCGAGUGGUUUAAAGACAGAUGUGGCUAAAAUACGAGGAGUUGAAGCAUGGGGGAUACUAGUGCUGGUUAUAUCCAUGGCCUGUGCAGGGAAGAUUUUCGGAACAUUUGUAGUGGGUAUGCUGUGUAUGAUUCCCGCCAGGGAAUCUUUGGCACUUGGGGUGUUGAUGAACACAAAAGGAUUGGUGGAGCUCAUUAUUCUUAAUAUUGGCAAGGAGAAGAAGGUACUGAAUGACGAGAUGUUUGCAAUUCUAGUGCUGAUGGCACUCUUCACCACCUUCAUGACAACUCCGACAGUGAUGGCCAUAUACAAACCCACACGCCGUGUUUGCCGCGUAGAGCGGCAAUUACCAGUGCUUCAAAACUCUCAAGAGACGACCAAAAUUCUUGCCUGCAUCCAUGGUCCGAGAAGUGCACCUGCAAUUGUUAAUUUCAUCGACUUCACUACAAGUGCCAUGAGAUCUCCUCUCAAGCUCUAUGUUAUGCACCUUGUUGAACUCACUGACCGCUCUUCCUCUAUCAUGAUGGUUCAACGCACCCGAAAGAAUGGGUUUCCCUUUGUUAACUGCUUCUCUCAAGGCGGCGCCUCUGGUGAUCGAAUAACAGCUGCUUUUGAUGCUUAUAGCCAUGUCGAGCAUUCAACGUCUGUCUCAGCAUUGUCCACAAUGCACGAAGACAUUUGCCAUUUAGCAGAAAAUAAAGGGGUAGCAAUAAUCAUCUUGCCCUUCCACACCAGUCAAUCCAAAGAAGGUGAAGAGGAUGUCGGUAGUGUCUGGAGAAUGGUCAAUCAGAAUGUCCUUGAGACUGCACCAUGCUCCGUGGCCGUGCUUGUGGACCGUGGCUUUAGCAGUAUCAGUCAGCAGGUUGGAUCUGCCACCGCAUUGCCGAUAAAGGUCUGCAUUCUAUUUUUGGGUGGACCAGAUGACGUUGAGGCUCUGGAGGUAGGCCGUCGUAUGGCUGAACACCCAAGCAUCAGCGUGACUCUGACAAGAUUCAUCAGGUUGGAAAGCAAAGACAAGUCAGAGGGAACGGAUGAAGUAGCAGUGAAGGAGUUCAGAAGAAAGUGCAACGGAUCAGUCGAGUACAUAGAGAAGGAUGUGAAGAAUAUAAGAGAGGAAAUGCUUAGCAUAAAACAGAGAAGGGAUUUCAAUCUAUUGAUUGUAGGUAAGGGGGACAGGGUAGCAGAAUUGGCACACACUCAGGCAGAGUAUCCUGAGUUAGGCCAUAUUGGAGGAAUUUUAGCUUCAUCAGCAUAUAGCAAGGCAAGCUCCGUGCUAAUAAUCCAGCGAAACAACCCAACCAAUGCCACUGGCGAUGUGGAUGGGACUAUGUCCAAAAGGGCUAAAGACAAGAAAACAAUGAAUGUCGAAGCCGUGAUCAUAAAUAGUGAAUCCUCUGUAUGAUAAAAUAGGAAGUAAACAUGUAUUUUCUUAUAUAUCGGAAGCAGUUCUCCCUCCAAACCAAAAUAUAUUCAACUUGACAUGUAAAUAUAUCAGAAUAAAGAGUUUGGAGUUUAGAUGAUGAACAACCACUAAAUUUAUUGGUCAA